AUGGCGUUCAACGUCCGAGCGGCCGAGCGACAGUUGGAAAUCCUAAAGGACAUGGCCUGCAAUUCUAUCCACAUGUCUCACAACCCACCUGCAGCUGAGCUUCUUGACCUCACAGACAAGAUGGGAUUAUUGGUCAUCAACGAGAUUUUUGACGCUUGGGAACGCAACAAGAGCGCCGCUGGUUCUCACUUGCUAUUUCCCGACUGGCAUGAGCCAGACCUCCGAGCCUUCUUAAGAUGUGACAGGAAUCAUGCUUCAAUCAUCUCGUGGAGCUACGGGAACGAAGUAGGCGAGCAAUACACCGCUGAAGAAGGAGCCGCAGUAUCAAAGAUGCUUCAGGGCAUAUUAAGGGAAGAAGAUUCGGCAAGACCAUCAUCCGCAUCAGAGAACUACGCAACACCCGGCAUGCCCUUCCCCCAGGCCCUCGACAUUCUCAACAUCAACUACCAAGGCGCUGGAAUCAGAAACACAGAAGCAUACUCCAACCUCCAAGGCACCCAUAUCCACCCCCUCUACCCCGACUAUCACAAAGCGUACCAGGACAAGCUCAUCCUCGGCUCCGAGACAGCAUCCACACUCAGCUCUCGCGGUGUCCACCUGUUCCCCGUCACAAAUUACAGCAGCGCCCCCGUAAACGACACCUCGGGCGGCAACUCGACUCUCCAACAGGUCAGCGCCUACGAGCUCUACUCUGCGCCCUUCGGUUCAUCCCCCGACAAGGUCUUUGCAGAGCAGGACCGUAACCCAUACGUCGCUGGGGAGUUUGUCUGGACGGGGUUCGACUACAUCGGUGAGCCGACGCCUUAUUACUCUGCGAGGAGUUCGUACUCUGGCAUUGUGGAUCUGGCGGGGUUCAAGAAGGAUCGGUUCUGGCUGUAUCAGACUCGCUGGCGACCUGAUGAGCGCAUUGCUCACAUUCUGCCUCACUGGACUUGGCCUGAGCGCGUGGGCGAGGUGACACCCGUUCAUGUAUUCUCCGAGGCUGAUGAGGCAGAGCUGUUUCUCAAUGGCCACUCGCAGGGUCGUCGAACAAGAGAUGAGCAUGCUUAUCGGUUCAGAUGGGAUGAUGUCGUUUAUAAGCCUGGGGAGCUGCAUGUCGUCACUUUUAGAAACGGGGAGGAAUGGGCGAACAAUACUGUCACGACUGCACGGAAGCCGUCGAGGUUGAGAUUGACGGCGGAUCGACGGAACAUCAGAGCUGAUGGUGAGGAUUUGGCAUUCAUCACCCUUGAAGUGACGGACGACAAAGGACUUAUGGCACCACGGGCGAAUGACGAGAUACGGUUCUCGAUCUCCGGUCCAGGGGAGGUCAUCGCAACGGACAAUGGGAAUGCGGCGGACUUCGUGGCUUUUCCAUCACAUACCAGGAGUGCAUUUAACGGCCUUGCUCUUGCUAUAGUUCGUCUAAACUCUGGGGCUGCGGGUUCGGUUACUGUUUCUGCCGAGGCGGAUGGACUGAAAGGUACCUCUGUUGUUGUUGGGCCAGUCUAG